UUUUAGAUACCAUUAAUCCCUUCUCUCUAAGAGUGGUUUUAAUUAUUAUGGAAGAGGCCACCUUUCCAAAUGGUUCUUUGAACUUUGAAGGAUGCCCACAAAGGAAUAUCUUCUUGGGUCUGGCUUGUCUUUUCUAGCUAAGUUUAACUCUCUCCUUUAAUUUCCUUUGCUCUAUACACUUAAGGGAACCCUAUUAACUUCCAUGGCUACCUUCUUAGAGAGAGCAUUUAAGACUAUCAUAUCUUCCAUCACUCACUCCUACUUAUACAUUCAAGAAGACCACGUAAGGGUAAAAAAUAUCAGACACAACAUGCCGAAGGGAAGACCACUUUCUUUGCAGACUGUUGAGCUCAAAGUCAGGAUGUGCUGCGCUGGCUGUGAAAGGGUUGUCAAAAAUGCCAUUUAUAAGCUUAGAGGUAUUGAUUCAGUGGAGGUUGACCUAGAGAUGGAAAAGGUGACGGUGGUGGGGUAUGUUGAUCGCAACAAGGUCCUCAAGGCAGCGAGAAGGGCAGGAAAGAGGGCGGAAUUCUGGCCAUAUCCGGAUCUACCGCUGUACUUUACAUCAGCAAAUCACUAUUUCAAGGACACAACAAGUGAGUUCAAAGAGAGUUACAACUAUUACAAGCAUGGCUACAAUCUUGCAGACAGGCGCGGGAUCAUUCCGGUGAGCCACCGGGGAGAUGACAAGGUCAGCAACAUGUUCAAUGAUGACAAUGUUAAUGCCUGCUGCCUCAUGUAGCUAGCUAGCUAUAUAUGAUGAAUCUUCAAGUUCCAAGUGUGUAGCAUCGCAAAUUGAUCAUCCUGUUAUAUAUGCAUGUGAUCUAUGUAUAAAAUGUAGAUGGGAUUUUAUUUUUACGGGGAUGGAAUGUAUCAUGAAUUGAUAAUCCUCUAUGCGAGCUAUGGAAAAGCUUGUGUGUUGCUUUUCUUCCAUGUUCUGAUUGCAGGCGCGGGGAUAUAUUCAACGGAAAAUGUAGCUCCGAGGGCUUGUUUUCAUGGCCCUGGGCUAUUUAUCACUGUAUAAAAAGGUGUCCAUGUCAAAUAAUUUGCUAUCUAG